AUGGAAGGCAUCAUGGCCAUAGCCAGGGACUUUUUACACUUCUCACACCGAGUUUUUGGAGAAGACUGGAAUGUGACUUAUGAAACUGAAUCAAUAUGUGCUCUUCAAGGAUCCACAGUAAACAUGUCAUGCUCAUACAGACACCCUGAGCAGUAUAACUUAAAUACAUUUUGGAUAAAGAAGCCAGAUGUAGAGAUCAAAAGUUUAAAAGAAUAUCCUGAGUAUAAAGACAGGGUUGAAUACAUUGAAGACAGAAAAAAGCAAAUUGCCAUUCUCAGACUGCACAACGUCACUCAAAAUGAUGAGAGAGAGUAUUGUUUCAGAUUAGUAACUAAAAUUGAAAGAAAAAAAUGGAUUGGUAAAGAAGGAAUUCAUCUUAAUGUUUCUGCUCUUCAGGUAAAGGCACCACAGCUGGUGCUGGAGAAACAAACAGUCAAUCUGACCUGUGAAACCACAUGCAGUCUGACAGAAGGAUUCAUCUGGUACAAAAAUGGACAGACUUUAACCAUCCAGAGCGAAACUCUCCAGCUUCAGUCAGAGCGCAGUGAUUCUGGCCGUUACAGCUGCGCUGCCAGAGGACAUGAACAUCUGCCCUCUCCUGCUGUCAGCAUCACUGUCAUGUGUUUCGCUUGA